AAUCCCAGUCGAACCCCAUAGGCUGGUCUGCUGCCAUAAUCCUUUGUCGAUAUUCGUGGUUUUACCUUUUGGCAUAUCUAAGCCUUAGCCUAUGUUAUAUUAUCUUUGUGCAAUUUAAUCAGUCGAUGGUGUUUUGCUGUACACGUUUGGUGUAUGUAUCCGUCUCAAAACGUCAAAUGUGAUCCCAGUAGCCUAAUUUGCUUGUUUGUAUACAGUAGCCUACAUAUUUUUCUGCUUUACCAAAACCUCGUAGCCCGGCAUUCACUAUGCCUACUAGGCUGGUUCAGAAUGACUUAGGUAGCUGAAUUUGCUUGUCUGACCUUCUUAAAAAUCCCACGUGUAAAAUAGUCUUAAUUUAUGCAUUAGUCUGUAAUUUCUACUUCCUUAAAUAUGUGAAAAACAAUUCGCUAACACGUGUAGGUUCCUUUGUGAUUGCGCAAAAAAGGACCACUACUGACACCCGGUGGUGUUGACCAUAACUGCUGCUGUGAAACAAAGAGCUUACACAAAUGGGCUAAAAUAUUUCCCAAUAUUCACCUCCCUAUCAUUCCCUUACCCCCUCCCCUGCCUCCAUAGCCACCCCUCCCCCAGAUCCUUUCAGCUCUAACUCGCUGUAUACACAACACAUUUCUCCCACAUGACAGUUUCAAUGACUAUUUGGUAAACAUAGCUGGCCAGAAAGAGAAGCAAAGAGACAUGGAUCAUGUAAGCAGUAAUAGGAGAAAAACCAUGGUUCGACUACACAAGGCUGAGGUGAUGAUUGCUGGAGAGCAACUCAGGUUGAGGCUCCACGAUUGCAAGCUCGUUAAGGAACGGCGAUACCAUUUGCGCACGUACCCCAACUGCUUUGUGGCCCAAGAGCUCACAGACUGGCUUGUGGUUCACAAGGAGGCACCGGAUCGUGCCACAGCAAUCUGUCUCAUGCAGCAUCUUAUGGACCAUGACAUUGUUCACCAUGUGUGUGACAAGCGACCUGUGUUCAAGGAUGCAAAACUUCUCUACCGUUUCCGCAAAGAUGACGGCACCUUUCCCUUCAAUAAAGAAGUGAAGGUCUUUAUGCUGGGACAAAGAUUGUAUGAACACCUUAUUGUAGCUAAGGACUCGGUCUUGCAGCAGAGAGAGAAGCACGGUGUUAUAUAUCAGCGCUGCUUUCCUGGCUGCCAUCUGAUUGACUGGCUCCUUCAGAAUGCUGAAGUGGAAAGCCGGAAACAAGGAGUGGAACUGUGCCGAGCUUUGCAAGAACAUGGCAUAUUCCAACAUGUGUUAAAGAAACACAACUUUUUCGACAGUGGAUUACUCUAUCAGUUCAGCAUCAACUUCCGCAGGCGCCGGCGCCUGUCGGAACUGUUACAUGACAAUGAGCAAGACAAUGAAGAAGGGCCUUCUGUGCCCACAUUAGAGGACGUUCAGCCCGACAGUCCGUUUGUCCUGCAUAAAACACCCCAAGAAGACUACACCGGUUUCAAUUCUGGUAAUGAUGGGAAACAGGUUAUUUCUGGGCCCCGAGGGAGCUUGAGUGGGCUUCAGUUUCUUGCCUCUGGAUUUUGUCCCUUUGUCAAUCUCUCCACGACCCCACCAGGGAGAUAUAAUCCACAAUCAGUGCUGAGAAGAAACUUGACCUGUGAAGAGUUAUUGUCACCUGGCGCACCAUUCAGUAAAAGAGUGUUAACGGUGAUUGGGGAUGCAUUGGGCUGGGGCUUUGUUGUCAGAGGCAUGGCCCCCUGUUAUGUCCAGGCUGUCGACCCUGGGAGUCCAGCAGCAGCAGGUGGAGUUAAGAUUCGACAGUUUAUCUGUCAGGUGAAUGGAGAGUGUGUACUCAACCUGGAUUAUCGGACGGUAUCUCGGCUAGUGAUGACAGGACCACGUACUGUUGUGUUGGAAGUUAUGGAGCCCCUGGAGUGAAAACAUCUGCAAUAAAUAUUCAAUGUUUUUAUCUACCAUUUAGAUAGCUGGACGCAAACCCUUAAUUGUACUACUCUUCAACGUGAGCAAAAGGCCUAUGUUACUGUUUCAAUUCAAAACGCAAUCAAUCAUAUUUAGACACUUUUAUGUAUUUGUAUUCAAUGGCGUACUUCAAAUGUAUGAAUACAAUUAAUUAUUUGAUUGAUUAAAUGCAUGGUCAUUUACUGUCUGGCAUGAAAUGUUAUAUUAUUUUCAAGAUACACAAUAAAUCCGUCUGGUUGCAACUUCUCCACCACCUCCUGGCUCCAUCCUAUGACUUCCGUCUUUUUGACGGCGCCAUUUUGGAUUGAGUGUUAUCUUGGCUGAAAUAGAUACGGUUAGGCUAGCGGCUCUGCUCGCUCACCACUACGGCCAAGUCAGCAAAACAAUUCAAAGAGCGCCGAUGAGUUUCUUCUGAUUCACACUUUACGGCUAAUCGAAUAUCCAGUAUGUCGUUCUAAUGAAUGGUGCACUACUCUGUCCUUCUUUCGACCCUAUAGCUUGCUAGAAACAGUAACGUACAACAAAUGGGAUCGCUAGCUGGUUAGCUUGCACACUAGCAGAGCAUCACACAGCACCGGCUCCGAGUGCGAUCAUCAUCAUUAUUCACCUGAGUCCGUCCAGCCUGGCCCAGCUCAAAACUCUGUUGGACCAGUUCAUACGCUAG